UAUUGGUAUAGUUAUGGACUGUGUUGACAGUCUUCACUACAGUUGGCUACUAGAGUGAAUGUGUUGCAUGUACCACUUCUCUAAUUUUAAAUCCAAGUAUUAUUGCACUGGACAAAGCUAACAUUUCAUGUGAAUUUCUUCUCUCUUAGACUGCAACAAGUUUUAAAAUGUACCUUGAAAACUGGAACAUUCAGACAGCUGCCUGGCUAAAACGAGUUUGUUAUGACAGAGCUCCUUGGUACCCUACAGCUUUAACAUUUAUCCUGUCGGCCCUGUGGCAUGGUGUCUAUCCUGGAUAUUAUUUUACAUUCCUCACAGGAAUCCUUGUCACACUCGCAGCCAGAGCAAUAAGAAGCAAUUGCAGACAUUACUUCCUCGCACCAGUGCCUCUCAAGGUAGUCUAUGAUAUUGUUACCUGGCUUGUCACUCAGCUGGCCGUUUGCUAUACGGUUGCACCUUUUGUUAUGCUGGCUGUUGAGCCCACAAUUAAGUUUUACAAGUCUAUGUAUUUUCACAUGCAUAUCCUAAGCAUCCUGGUUUUGCUAGUGUUACCAGCCAGACCUCAAGCUCACUCUGCAAGAAGGCCUCAAAACCAGGUCACGCAGAACUCCAUUAAAAACAAAGACAAAUGACACU